GUCAUCUUAUACAUAUACGAAAGUACAACGCAUACGGAUGGAGCACGAAGAUGUGUAUAAACAAAUGUUACCAUGGACAUAAAAGUGUGCUAUCAAGUUUAUGUUUGUCCGAAUGCCAGUCAUCACACCACAUAUAACACACAAAGACAAAAUAAAACAAUAAUAAAACACACAUUCAUUAAAAGGUUGAAAUGUGACUUUUUUUAUGUUUUAACACAAAAACACGCCAAUUCUACAGCUUUUAAUUUAAUCAAUCAAUGAAUUAUUUUGUUUUUGUUUUGAAUUGAAAUAAUCCAUAAAAUAUCGUGAUCAAUAAUGAAUCAGGUGACCGCAGUCACAUUGAUACCGGAUCGACCUAGUGCAACAUAUACAAGUGGUGAAGUGGUCACUGGUCAUUGUAUUGUUACCGUUACUGGUGAAGUAGAUUUUGAUUGUAUUGAAAUAAAAUUAGUUGGUAAAGCACGUGUAGAAAUACCAACCAAUGAUAAUUCCCGUAACAAUAAUGAUAAAAAUAAUGGUUUCGAUAAAUAUAUUAAAGAAAUAAGCCUAUUAGAAUUGGUAUAUAAACCAAGUACAGUUUAUCAUACAAAAUUAUCAACAGGCAAACAUGAUAUUGGCUAUUCAUUUAUCGUACCAUCAAAUGUACCAAGUUCAUUAGAUGUACAUUUUGGUAUCAUUCGUUACAAGAUUAAAGCUAAAGCUGGAUCGGAAAAGAAUGAAUUUGUACUUAAUAUCAUUUCGCCUCCAAGUAUUCAACCAAAUGAAUUGCUUAUUCCAAUAAUGGAAAACAAAAGCAAAAAUGUUGGCUUAUUGAAUGGAAAGACAGUAUUGAUGCAUUGUGAAAUAUCAAGAUCAGGUUUUACAUUGGGAACAAAAGUGCCAAUCAAAUGUACAAUUAAUAAUCAAUCAUUGAAAACGAUUGUUUUAAAAGGUGCUCUACGACAAGAGAUUACAUUCAAAGCAAAUGAAGAGGAAAGGAAAUCGAUGCAAAAAUUAUCAUCAGUAAUGGGAGCUACAAUAGAACCACAAAGUGAACUUACCCAUGAUUUGAAUGUCACCAUACCGAUCAAUCUGCCCAUCGUUUAUAAUACCUGUCCCAUCAUACAGAUUCAAUAUAUAGUAACAGCUAAAUUGAAAAUUCCAUUAUCGUUUGAUUUACGGUUAAACAUGCCAAUAAUUAUCACCAAUUUACCAAUAAAUGAACUGCCAAACAAUGCCGAUGAACCACCGGCACCGGGAAUUAUCGCUCCUAAAUUUUAAAUUAAUGCCCAUCCGACCAAUUCGUUUUUGAACAAAAUCAUUCGAUUUUCAGUUUUCAUCAAGCUUUUUGACGCUCAAU